UCUCGGGAUCUGCUACAGGAUGCAGGAGAUGGCGCACGUUUUCGGGGGGAAGGUGGCGGCGGGCGAGGCCAGGGAAUACGGCCACGCAAUGGUGUCCCGGAUACCGGCCAACCAGGCUGCCGGCAAGGAGCUUCUGGGAAAGCUGCCGGACACCACCAAGAUGUGGAUGAGCCACGGCGACAAGCUCACUGCCGUGCCGGAGGGGUUCGUCGACGUGUUGUCGUCGGACAACUCGGAGCACGCUGCGAUCGCGAACAUGGCCAAGAAGAUGUACGGCUUGCAGUUCCACCCAGAGGUAACACAUUCUCCCCUCGGCAAGGUCAUCCUCGAGGCAUUCGUCGUUGAUAUCUGCGGGGCACCCACGGACUGGAACAUGGCCGACAUCGCAGACGAGUUCAUUAAGGAGGUGCGGGAACUCGUGGGGCCGGAGGGACAGGUGAUCGGAGCGGUCUCCGGCGGGGUUGACUCCUCAGUGGCGGCCGUCCUCCUGCAGAAGGCCAUCGGGGACAGGUUCCACGCCGUGCUUGUGGACAACGGCCUGCUGCGCAAGAACGAGGCCGUGGAGGUGGUCAGCCGGCUCAAGGAGAAGCUUGGCAUCAACCUCCACUGCGUCGACGCCAAGGACCGUUUCCUGACCCUUCUUGACGGGUGCACCGACCCGGAGUCGAAGCGGAAGAUUAUCGGAAAGACUUUCAUUCACGUGUUUCAGGAGGAGGCGGAGCGCAUCGGGAAGGUGGACUUCCUGCUGCAGGGAACCCUCUACCCGGACGUGAUCGAGAGCAUCAGCUACAAGGGGCCCUCGGCCACCAUCAAGAGUCACCACAACGUCGGAGGGCUACCUGACACGAUGCACCUCAAGCUCAUCGAGCCACUCAGAGAGCUGUUCAAGGAUGAGGUGAGGUCGUUGGGCAUGGCCCUGGGCAUGGAUGAGUUCAGCGUGUGGCGGCAUCCUUUCCCUGGCCCGGGCCUUGCCAUCCGGUGCCUGGCGCCACUCAGCGAGGAAAACCUUUCCAUGGCGCGAGAGGCGGAUGCCAUCAUGAUAGAGGAGCUCAACCGGGCCAACGUGUACCGGGAUAUCGGACAGGCCUUCGCUGUGCUGCUUCCCGUCAAGAGCGUCGGGGUCAUGGGAGACUGCAGAACCUACGAGAAGGUGUGCGCGAUCCGAUGCGUGCAGACCACGGACUACAUGACGGCGGACUGGUACCAUAUGCCCUACGAGGUGCUGGGGAGGAUCUCGAACAGGAUUAUCAACGAAGUCCGAGGAAUCAACCGAGUCACUUACGACAUCAGCUCCAAGCCGCCGGCGACCAUCGAGUGGGAAUAAAACGGCGUCGAGCGGGAACAAAAUGACACAUCGAGCGGAAAUAAAACGGCAUCGAGCGGGAGUAUAAUGACAUUUUGUGGGGAUAAGAAACGAUAGUGAUAGCGUACGUGGAGAAGUGAUCGGGAUUCGGAAGCGGUGGGAGAGGGGGGGGCACUCAGAUUUUGGCGUGCCCUA